AUGGCAUCCAAAUCUAUUUCGAUCGGUGUUCUUCUUCAUCCAGUUCAAGCACUCGAUAUCGUCGGGCCGCUCGACAUUCUCUCCACUGUCAGUCACGAAGCACUUUCGGGCUAUGGACCUCCAGGUUUAGCGGACAGGCUGAACCCUCCUCGUAUUCAGUUUCACUACAUAGGUCCGACAAAGGAACCUGCUCUUUUGACAGCCAACAUCCGUAUGGUGCCCAACUGCACUAUCGCCGACUGUCCCAAGCUUGAUGUGUUGCUCAUUGGCGGGCCCAUGCCAGAUUAUGCCAAAAACCUGCCACAAGAUAUCAACGAGUUUCUUUUGGCUAAAAGCAAAGAGGUAUCGAUUAUCUUGACGACCUGCACAGGUGCUUUAGUCCUUGCAGCAACUGGUGUCUUAGAUGGACUCGAAGCAACUGUGAACCAUAUGGCGAUUGACAUGAAGCUCGCAAGUGAAAUAGCACCUAGAACUAAAUGGGACCGAACUCGUUACUGGGUAGUCGCCGAAAAGGACGGUACCAAGAUCUGGACGGCUGCAGGUGCUGGAGCGGGCAUGGACAUGACUGCACAAUGGGUCAGGGAGAGCUUUGAACACGGUCCGGAACUUAUAGAUUUCGCAACUCAAGGUUUGGAAUGGCAACCUAGAGAUGUGAAGGGCAAGCCAAUGAAGUAUGUCAAUGGUCGAGGAGAGACUAUUGAAGCGUAA